UGUUAAACCUUAUAUACACUGUAAAUCUAAAUGGUUCUUUGAGAGUUCUUUGACGCACCAAAUGGUUCUUUAAAUUCAUUUGGGGUUCUUUAACUAGCUAACGGGUUCUUCGCGCAGUUGUAUGGUUCUUGAUCAAAUUUCGGAAUUUCGAUAAGUGUUUCGUUGUUUUUUGGUAUGGCAGAACAUUUAAAUUGGAGUGUAGAAGAUGUCUGCAGAUAUUUAGAAUUAAAGGGACUUCCCGAAUUGAGACAGAAAAUUACUGAGGAAGAAAUUGAUGGAAAAACGCUGGUGUCUUUAACUGAGACAAUGGUGGCCAGUUUAUGUCAGACGAUUCGUUGGCAAGUAGUACUCAUUGAAAUUAUAAGGCAUCUUAUAACUUCACAUGAACAGCACGAAAGAACUAGCUCUUAUGUUAUUGAAAAUGAUGUUUUAAAUACAUCAAUAACAUCCCCAAUAUCUUGUGAUGAAGAUGGUAGUAUGAUUGCUGGAGUGUCCCAAAGUAUGAAACCAUGGCCAGUGUGUUAUCAACUACCCAUUUUGCCUCCAUCAGUAAAUGCAGCUUUAGAUGCUAAAGAUCAUUGUUUUCUUAACUUGAAUCGUAGCAAAUGUAGGAACCAGCUUUUACAAUGUCUUUAUGACGACAUCAGCAGAUACACAAUGUAUCCAUCAGGUGUGCAAUACUCAGCUGUACUUGCUGCCAUUUGCAGUAGGUAUCCACACUUAAGUGACUUCCCAUCAAAAAGUACUUCUUAUAGAUAUGUUGUUUGUAUGCCACAUUAAAUGCAGCCAUUAUUGUUUUACCAAGACUGUUCAAAGAAUCUAUAGACUGCCUGGUUACGUUUGACAUCGAACCAUUGCAGAGUACGCCAACUAUCAAAGUGCCAAAAAAACAAAGGCUAAUAACAAAAGACUGUUGUGUAAUGUUGGAUGGUUGCAACAUAAUAGAGCAUUUCAGCGAUGUUGAUGUUUCGUUGGCUAUGUCGUGUGUUUUUGCAUCGUAUUAUAUAUAUAAUAUUCAAUAUCCAGCGCAAUUGAAGAACACAUUGUUGUUUUAUGAACAUAUUGUUUAUGGAUUGUCUGCUAAAGCAUCACCAGUGACUAUAACGAGAAUGGCAAAUACUUUGAAUGAGUAAUCAAGUUGAUUUAUUAUGUGUUUGUAAUUAUAUAUUUGCAUAGUCAAUAAUUCAGCUUUUUUUUUUACCCUUAAAAUUAAUUGUUUAUGUUAUUCUGGAGUGGUUUUACAUUUAUUUUAAUAAUUAUGCAUUGAGUCAUAAGUUGCAACAUACGUGGAUUCUUAAAAUA